UAAUACUCUGUGAAUAAUUGGAACCAUAGAAAAUUUGACUUGAUUUGCUAUGUUCGGGGUAUUUUCCGCUUAAUUAACAAGGUAGCUACGCUAACUUUGUGAAUGAAACCAGUAGGAUUUUGUGAAAUAACUUCUGUUAUAGAAUUUCCAUACCCGAGUUUUAAUGAAACAAAAAAUUAACUCAUUUGGAAGUUUUAGGCAUGAAAAGCUGAGUAGUAAAAUGGAAUCAAGAAAUAAAUUUUUUUGUAACUGUAACGUAUGUAAGAGGCCUCUUACUUUUAAUUCAAGAAAAAAUAAAAAGAAAUGUAGUUGCAGAAGCUGUGGAAAAAUUCUUUGUAAAGAAUGUACACGGCACAUACCUUCACAAGAUGGAAGGAUGGGUAAAAUGUGCAAUACUUGUUCGACUAGAGAAGUUUCAAAUAAGGGGUUAAAUACUUCAACUCCAACACCAAAUGUCGCUCCUAUUCCAACAAAUAAGCUUCUAGAUGAGAACAAUUUAUCAAAGGUAGUUGACAAAAUAGUAAACUGUCCUAUAUGUCAAGACCUUAUGAAGAAACCCAUAGUUUUAUGCACAGAGGGUCAUAGCAUGUGCGAGGUAUGUGUUGCUGGAAAGGUUAGUCAAUGUCCACUGUGCAAGGCCUUGAUAUCUAAAACAAGAAAUUAUGCUUUGGAAAAGUUUAUGAGCGAUUUAAAUUUGACUCCCACGAACAACUUCGACAAAACCUGUAAAUAUUUAGAAAGAGGAUGCGCCAAAUAUUUCGAAAGAGAAAGUGAUAAAUCUGCCCAUGAAAGGGAAUGUAUACUUCGAGAUAUCAAAUGCCUUCUUAAAGACUCUUAUGAAAAUUGCCGAUAUGUGGGGCCAAUAGAAGAAUACGUUGACCAUUUUGAACGAUAUCAUGAAGAAAAAGUAUGGCGGAACAAUAACGAAGGAAUCGCAAACAUAAAUCUGGAAGUGAAUGUCAACAAUUUCUCAAUCAUUAGCUUCAUGAAUGGUAGACACUAUUUUCUUCUGCGCCAUAGAAGAGAUGUGAAAUUACAGAAGGCAUAUUGGGCAAUUCAAUUAAUAGGAAGUAAAGAUAUUGCUAAAGAAUAUAACUAUAAAUUUGAAAUAUCAAACGGACGAAGAAAAUUGAAAAAGACUGAAAUUUGCGAAAAUGAUACUACUGACUGCAAUAAAAUAUUUGGAAAUGAGAAUUGUUUUGCAAUCCCUUUCAAAAAUUUAAUCACUUACCUUGAUAGUAGUGGACAGUUAAAAUUCAAAUUCCAAAUUUUUAAAACGACCGAAAGAGAUAUGCAUUGGGUGCCCAAUACCACCAACCAGUAGUAUUAGGUUAGGAAUUUUUAUUAAAUGAGGACUUGUCUUUGCAUUGCACUGGCAUGAGUAAUUUCCCUUAUUGUUUAAUAUGUUAUUUUUGUUUUGUGUUAUGUAUUUAUACAUAAAUUUAAAAUAUAUAGGUAUACUUAUUCAAUUGAAAAAGAUAUACCCAAAAAUAUAA